UCCAGAAGUUUAUGCUAUGUGGUGACUGUCAUUGAAAGUGACAGACAGUGGAGCUCACAUGAUCCAUCUCCUGCGAGAUGCUGCUGUCGAGUGCAAGACGGAGGGGAAGUUCAUUUCACUAUUCUGUAUGAUCCGUCUCUUCCCACAUGCAGAGAAAUAAUGGAGCAUGGAAAACCGUGUGGGAAACUGUCAGCAUCCUGGGUUGAGCUGGGGAAAGAGAAGGAAAGAAAGGCCAGGUAUCGUGCUUACCAGUGCGCCGCCAUCAUUCUGAGUGUGGUAUUCCUGAUAUUGGCCCUCUGUAUCUUCAGUCUGAGAUAUAUAUGGAGCCCAAGCCCUGGGAAGGUAUAUGAUCAUCAGUAUAAAGCCGUAUUGGAUGGACUGGAGACUGAGAGCAUGAUGGAAAUCUAUCCAGCACAACGCUUCGAGAUCUUCAGGAUGGGAAACGGCACUAAUGAGGUCCUAGAGGUGCAUGACUUCAAAAAUGGCAUCACAGGCAUUCGUUUUGCCAAGCACCAGAGAUGCUACAUCAGGGCUCAAACCAAGGAGCUGCCCAAGCUGGACUCAAAGACCAUUGACAUAGAGGUGAGUGAGACUGGUGAAGUGGAUAUGCAGAUGAUAGACUCUCAGAUAUGGAUCCCUGCUGAAGACCCAAUCUCCAACAAAACAUUCCUGUUGAAUUCCAAGAUCUGGGAGAUUUGCCAAGAUCUGCCCAUCCACUGGAUCCACCCAUCUCCUCUCAGAGAUGCUGAAUUCCACGAUGUAGAAGAUGUGGAGGAGACCACAGAGCUGGAGGCGAGAGGUGCCCGUCAGACCCGGGAUGUCAUGGACCAGUUACCAGUAAACGACUAUAGAGAAAUCGGGCUGGAGCUGGACAACAGCCUAGAUGAGCAGGGCUACUGCUGCCAGCACUGUCGUCGGGGGUACCGUUACUGUCGGCGAUACUACGAGCCCCUGGGCGGCUUUUGGCCGUAUCCCUACUAUUACCAGGGAGGACGGGUCAUCUGUCAGAUUGUCAUGCCCUGCAACUGGUGGAUAGCAAGAAUGCUGGGACGAAUUUGAAGGUAUACCGGAGGGAUCCAAUGGUGCUAUGCUGCUCAGGGGUGCGCGUAGACCAGCUUCAUUUGUACGAAAUGUCACAUAUAUGCUCAAACCUUCUUCCAUUCUUUGUGUAAAAAAAAUAGCUUAAAAUAAGGCAAAACAUUAGCUCAUCCUCGGUGACCAUGUCACUGUCAACAUUAUUGUUUUAUAUUAUAUAUGGGUAGUUGAUGGAUAACAAUCAACAUCAAGAUUAUAGGCUAAACUGUAUAUAAAAACAGGGAAAUUGUAUAUUUUAGGUGCUAUUUUUUUCCACAAUUUCACCUUUGUUAGUUUAAUCUGUGGUACUACAAAUUAAUUUUUAUUAAUACAAAAAUUUUCCAACUCAGACUAUUUUCAACAGCAUUUUACAUGCCGUUUUUAUGACCAUAUUAAUUUUAAACCACAUUAGUCUCUCAAUUAAUAUGGUUGUAAAAACUGUUAUCAUACAAUUAAUUGUUUAAAACAAAGUAUUUCAUGUCAACUACAUGUCAAUAUACAUACAUACAUAUAUAUAUACAUGGUUAUACUGGAAGUAGAACAGAAACAGGUGCUUUGGAAAUGGUCAGUUACUGUAGUUACAUAUUCCAUGCAGACCUUUCAAAACAAUAGUGUAGGUGACCAUUUCUAUGGACCCUUUAUUUGUCUUGUUUAUAGUGGAUGAGAGGCAUUAUAAGAAACCAGGUUAACAAAUAAAUUUACAGUAAUUUGCAUGUUUAUAUUAUGAAAUAUUGUUUUUAAUGUAUUUACGCUUAAGCAAGUCCAUGUAGAACUUUGAAAAUUAGCCUUUAUAAAAGCUGUUAUGUAAAUGUAACGCAGUGUCGAACUGCACUGUACACAACAUAUCACAUGGCUAUAUUUAAGUAGUGACAUUGCUAGCACCAUAAUUGCAGGUCUGGGACUGUUUCAAUCAAUUCUUUCAUCCAAGCAAAUGCGUGCUCUAUAAAUUGCAUUUACGUAAUCUAACGCUCCUUUGUGUUUUUCCAGCAACUUCCUUCUGAAUAAAACUGGUAAAAGUUUCAUUGUCUGCUACUAAUUUACUGCUGCACAUAAACAUGUGCUAA